CCAAAAAUCAAGCAAAAGCCAAACACCUCACCUUCGCUGCUUUUUCUCUCUUGUUUUUUCGCCCUUUCCCUCUAUUCGCACCGACAAUUAUUCUCUUCUCCUCUUCCAAGUUCUAACCCAAAAAUUGAAAAGGAAAAACAAAACUUCUUUUCCUUCAAUUUCACUCAAAAUUCAUUUAUUUGUAAUUGUUCAUGGGUUAAAACCUAAAAAAAAAAACAUUUUUAACAGUAAAUCACUUGGAAAAAAAAAUUGAAAAUGAACUCAUUGAGAGAGAAAGUAGCGGGGAGUCUUUCACGUUUAUUUGCGGAUUCGCCAAAUCAUUCUCCUCCUUCUUCUCCUUCUUCACCAUCUGAUCUUUAUCAGGCCAGAUGGUAUUCUAAACGGCCAAAAUCUUUGUCUUCAGUAUUUUCUUACAUUAUCCCUUCAGUAAGCUUCGGUGGGUCUAAAUCGAAUGAUCAUGAAAGUGAUCUAAAGCCAAUUCAGUCACUUCCGGUUAGAUGGAAGAACAAGAAAUUUGAGGUGCAAGAUGAAUCUUUGGAUGGUUGUAAAGAAUGCACCGUUACGUAUAUGAGUGAAGACUUAAAAAAGGUAUGUGAAGAUAAGGAGAAAAUUUGGAUGGAUAGUGAUGAUAAGCAAACAAUUAGUCCUCGUUUGGAUAAGGGUCACACCUCUGAAGGGAGUAGCAGUGAUUCUGAUGAAUUUCAUGAAGCAAGAGAGCAACAGAGUCCAGUAAAGCCUCCACCGAAUCUUUCUGAUGAAUCUGUGUUUAUUACCUCUGAUUUGUAUGAAUUCUUGGUCUCUUCCCUUCCCAAUAUUGUUAAAGGGUGUCAAUGGAUGUUGUUGUAUAGUACGUUGAAACAUGGUAUAUCACUUCGGACACUGAUUCGUAAGAGUGCUGAGCUUCCUGGCCCUUGUUUGCUGAUUACUGGAGAUAGGCAAGGAGCUGUCUUUGGUGCAAUGCUAGAAUGCCCCUUGAAACCUACGCCAAAGAGAAAAUAUCAAGGAACAAACCAGACGUAUGUAUUCACAACCAUAUAUGGUGAACCGAGGCUAUUUAGACCAACUGGUGCCAAUCGUUAUUAUUAUAUUUGUUUGAAUGACUUGUUAGCACUUGGUGGUGGUGGCAACUUUGCGUUGGGCUUGGAUGGAGAUUUGUUAAGUGGAACUAGUGGACCUUGUGAAACAUUUGGGAACUUGUGUUUGGCUCACAACGAAGAGUUUGAGCUAAAGAAUGUUGAGCUUUGGGGAUUCAGACAUGCGUCAAUACUUCAGAACUGAAAGCAACUGCAAGAAGGCUGAGAUUUUUAGCACAAAUCUGUAAUCCUUUAGGGAGUAUUUAAGUUGCCAUUCUUUAUUCUUUGACUUGUACCAUCCAUGAUUUUUCCUGAUUUUUGGGCUGUUAGAUUGAAUAUGGUGGCGUACUUGCUCUUCUUGUAGGUUAAAUUAUUGGGGUUUUGAUUAAUAAUUGAAAUGACACCAAUGAAGUUGUUUCUUUCCGA